UGGUCUAUACAGCACACUCAACUCUACCCUGUUGUACCAUACAUAUCUAAUAUAGAACAACGCGAUAGAAAGGGACGGAAACAUGUUAUCACCCACCCUCCCCCUCAAGGCCCGUCUCACGCCCUUGGCCUUCCAACUGCACACACGACGAGCCUUCACAUCCUCCGCUCCACGUUCCCUCCAGCACGAAGUCCAGCCUCAAACCCUCGACGACAAAUCUCCUCCUCCAGCAACAGCACGAAAACCAAGCAAACCACUCAGUACCGCCCAAAAGAAAUUCCUCGACUCCGCGCUCCGCGUCAACCACGCAGGAGAAUUAGCCGCAACGCUCAUCUACACCUCCCAAACGCCACCCAUCAUCAAAAGCCAUCCUCACCUACGACCUCUAAUGCAACACAUGUACGACCAAGAAGCCGGUCAUUUUCAAAAAUUCAACACGUUACUCGCCAAACAUCGCAUUCGCCCCACAGCCAUGUAUCCCGUCUGGCAAAUCGCCGCAACAGUCCUCGGUUGGAGCACAGGAGUGUUAGGACGAGAAGCCGCCAUGGCGUGUACGGAAGCAGUGGAGACGGAAAUUGGAGAUCAUUAUAAUUCUCAGGUAAGAGAGUUGUUGUCGUGGUUUAAAGAUAUGGAGGCUCGUGGGGAGGAGCCUGGAGAGGAAUUGAGAGAGUUGAUUGCGGAUAUUAGAAGGAUACGGGAUGAGGAAUUGGAGCAUUUGGAUCAUGCGGUGGAGAAUGAUGCGAAAGAGGCGAAUCCGUAUGAACUUUUGACGGGGGUGAUACGAGGGGGAUGUCGAGGUGCGAUUUGGCUUACUGAGAAAGUCUGAAAAAUCCAACGAACAAAAAAGUAGGCAUGUCUGCCAGGUUACCC